AUGAAGUACCUGCUGUUGCUGUCGCAAACGCACAUGCAGUUUCGGCUGGCCGAACUCACCGCCCUGGCCCAGCUCGAAAAUAUCGCCGUUGACUUGUCGUCCCAUGACGAGUCGUCUCCGUUCAUGAUUGUGGAGCUGGAGAACGACGAGGCUGCCAAAAAGCUGAUUCGACGAUCCGUGCUUGCCAAGUCCAUCUACGAGCUUUGGGGCGGUCCAGCUGCGUCCAUGGAGGAGCUUCACGAGCAGAUCAAGACCCAGACCAGCCAACUGUGGCCCAAGUAUGCCACCGACUCGUUCAAGUUUGAAAUCAUUGGAUACCAAUCUUCGCGACCCAAGGAGGAGUUUAUCAAGAUGGUGGAGGGGUUUUCAUACAUGGAUUUCAAGGGAAAGAUCAAAAUGAAGUCGCCGGACCACGUGUUCACCAUUCUGGAGGACUACCGAGUCAUCGGGCAGAACCCCGAACCCGCUCCCGCGCGAAUAUUCUUUGGACGACACAUUGCCAACUCCAACCGGAGUGCCAUGGACACUUUUGAUCUCAAGAAACGCAAAUAUAUCGGCACGACGUCGUUUGACGCUGAAUUGUCUCUUUUGACGUGCAAUUUGGCGCAUGUGAAGCGAAACGGGCUCAUGUACGAUCCCUUUGCCGGCACCGGAUCGUUUCUGGUGGCUGCGGCAGCGUUUGGAGCUCUCACGGUGGGUUCGGACAUCGAUGUGCGCAUGAUCAGAGGCAAGGGUAAAGGAUGCGAUAUUCCUGCCAACUUCAAACAGUACAACUCCGUUAACCGGCUUCUGGACGUUUUGGCGGUCGACUUCACCAACAACUCGUUCCGAAAGGGUCUCAAGUUCGAUUCCAUCGUCUGUGAUCCUCCCUACGGAGUUCGGGAGGGUCUCAAAGUCCUGGGAGUGCGAGAGGAGGACGUUGAGAAGAAGAAGCAUCUGGAAACGACUCUGGUGGACGGUCAGCUGGCGCAUACUCGUCGAGAUUACAUUCCUCCAAAGAAGCCGUUUGAGUUUGGAAAGAUGAUGGAUGCUCUGUUGAGUUUCUCGGCUGAGCGACUUGUUGAAGACGGCCGGCUCGCCUUCUGGAUGCCCACCGCCAACCAGGACUACACAGACGCCGAGAUUCCUCUCCAUGAGGAUCUAGAGCUCAUCUGCAACUGUGUGCAGGACUUCAACCAGUGGUCGCGACGGUGUUUGGUGUACAGGCGACGAAAGGAGGGCGAUAAGGGCGAGUUGAGAAAGACUGAAGGCGGUAAGGCUGAGGACUUUCGAGUCAAGUACUUCAAGGGGUUCAAGAAUGAGUAA